AUGAGCGCCACUAGCGUAGCCACGUCCUCGUGCAAUGUCACGUCAGCACGCAGUCAGCACCACGCGUCCGUCCGGUGCCACGUAGUAAACGGCCGCUCCAGUGGCAUCCAGUUGUCACCAACUCCUGACGUCACCGAGGCAGCCGUGCGGAGCGACGGUGCGACGGGCCAUGUGUCAGACGCUGAUAGGCGGCAGCAGACGGUGGCGGCAAUCGCGGCGUCGGGGAUCGUGGCGUGCGUGCGCGCCGACAGUGCUGACGUGGCGCUCUCCGCUUCUCGUGCUGCGCUCUCCGCGGGGAUCCAAGUGCUUGAGGUCACAUGCACAACCCCUGGCGCUUUCCAGGUCAUCGCAUCACUGGUCAUGGAGUUCCCACAUGCCACCAUAGGGGCGGGCACGGUGCUCUCAAUGCAAGACGCCAUGGCAGCUCACCGUGCUGGUGCUCGCUUCCUUAUGAGCCCUGCCACUGAUGCGGAUCUAGUGGCAGCACAUGCAGCAGGCCCCAUGGUCUUCAUACCCGGGGCCAUGACUCCCACCGAGAUCCUUUCAGCGUCUCGCCUUGGAGCUCCCCUGGUCAAGCUAUUCCCAGCGCCCUAUGCAGGGGGGCAGGCACUGGUGAGGGCCAUGCACCGAGCAGUGCCAUCCAUCGGGAUAGUGCCGGCUCAUGGCAUUCAGAUGGGUAGGUACACACACGAGAGGAGCGGCGACGGCAGUCCAUACGUGUCCUUCGCCGCAGCCAUGUGGCGAACCGCCGCUUCUCGAUGCGCCUCCAGCGCCCUCCGCGUCUCCCGGCGCGGAGGGCGGGCCACGCCCUGCGCCAAUCCCGCCGCAAUUCACUCCGCUCUCACUAACACCCACUGCCCCGCAUCUCCAGCAUCCCCCGCAUCUCCCGCUCCGCCCGCCUCCUUUUCCCGCGCAUUCGCCACCAAUCCGAAGCUCCAUCUCCCGCCGCUCGAGCCGCGAUUCGCGCGGCUCGCGCAGGACGUGCUGGAUGGCAACCUGCACGCGCUGAGCCGCGCGAUCACGCUCUGCGAAUCCGUGCGCGAGUCGCACCGCCCGCAGGCCGCGGCGCUGCUGCAGCACGUGCUGGAGGCGGUGCGCGCGCGCAGGGCGCAGGCGGAGAUUACGAACGGCGCGGGGAAGGCGCAGGGGGGAAUCUUCAAGAUCGGAAUCACGGGGCCGCCCGGCGCGGGGAAGUCGUCUCUCAUCGAACGCCUGGGCAUGCACGCGGUGGAGGACGACAGGCGAGUAGCCGUUCUAGCCAUCGACCCAUCGUCACACAGCAGUGGGGGGUCGAUUCUGGGCGACAAGACGCGCAUGGAGCGCCUCUCUGCGCACCCCUCCGCCUUCAUCCGCCCCACGCCCUCGCGCGGAGAGGUGGGGGGCCUCGCGCGCAACACUGCUGACGCCGCGCUGCUGUGCGAGGCGAGUGGGUGCGAUGUGCUGCUGGUGGAGACGGUGGGGGGCGGGCAGGCUGACGUGGCAGUGGCGCAGAUAACAGACAUGGUGCUGUUGCUGCUGCCGCCCGCUGGGGGCGACGAGCUGCAGGGCAUUAAGAAGGGAGUGGUGGAAAUAGCGGACCUGGUGGUGGUGAACAAGGCGGAUGGCGCAAUGGAGGGGGCGGCGCUGGCAGCACUGGGCGAGUACAGCAACGCGCUGCACUUUGUGCACCCACGCUACGACUUCUGGAUGACCCCGGUAGUGGCAUGCAGCACGCGCACAGGGCUGGGCAUAGAGGACGUGUGGAAGAAGAUAGGCAAGUUCCAGGAAGCCAUGCGCUCGUCUGGUGAACUGCAACAGCUGAGGGGCGCUCAGAACAAGGCACUGCUGUGGAGCACCGUGGAGGCAGAAAUACUGUACAAAUUUAGGUCAGGAGGCAAGCUUCAAGGGCUGAUGAGGUACUUUGAGGAGCAUGCCAUGUCAGGCGAUAUUGCAGCUAGGGCGGCGGCUGUUACAGUUUAUCAGCAGCAGUACCAGCAGCAGCAGCCGUUUCCUCUCUCCUCCCCCGUCUCUCCCCUCGUCGACCCCCCUGUUGACGGCGAGGCGGCUCUCGGCAAUGCUCUUCUCGCGGCGCAGAAUGCGAUAAUGGGGCUCGUACGCCUCGUCGACGCCGUCAGCCAGAACCAGCGCGCCAUGCAGCAACAGCAGCAGCAGCAGCAGCGCCAGCAGGUCGACACCCUCCACCAGCUUCAGUCCUCCCUCUCCUUUGCCGUCCCCGCUCUCAACGCUCUCUCCCAGGUUCCCGUUUCCGCCCCCCUCCCCGCGCCGCAUCCGCUCAUCGCGCACGACGCGCCCUCUCCGGCACCAUCCGCGGCAACAUCCUUCGCGCCAUCCCCCGCAUCUUCCGAGGGCUCCCAUCCGUCGUCGCUGCCUAUUCUCGAGAAGGUCUUCGCGGGUAAGCGCUCCCGCGGUGGCGACUCCGCCAAGUCUGUCCGCGGAAAGCGUGCCAAGCAGGAGCCGACUUCUCUCGACGCUGCCACGUGGUCGUCGGAGGAGGAAGACAAGGAUUCCGACUCUGAAGUUAUCGUGUGCAACGCGGCGCGCGACCAGGGCCCGCGCUACAAGGGCGUGCGCCAGCGCAAGUGGGGGAAGUGGGUUUCGGAAAUCCGCGAGCCCCGCAAGCGCACGCGCAUUUGGCUCGGCUCAUUCGACUCCCCUGAAGACGCCGCCCGCGCUUACGACGUCGCCGCGCGCCUGCUCCGCGGGUCCAAGGCGUCGCUGAACUUUCCCGGUAGCUUCCAGCUGGUUCCGCUGCCGCCCGCUACCGCCGAGACUCUGCUGAAGGCAAGCCGCGAGGCCGCGAAGAUGUUCGACACGUCAGAAAUCGCCGAUGCGCUCGAGAAAUCCCUGCAAGGCCAGGCCAUCCACACCGCCGGCCUGUCGCUCCCGCUCCCGUCUCCCGCCUCCCCCUCGUCCCCCGUUUCCCCCGCUGCACCUGCAUCGCCAGCAUUUAUUCCGGAGCUGGAACCGUCGCCCGCGAUGGGCGGAAUCAAGCUGGAGGCGACGGAGAGCGAGACGAGCAGCGAGGAGGAUGCGGAGUGCCUGAACGCGCUGCUGGCGGACCUGGCGCCGAUUGAGAACACGGACAACAUCUUCCGCGACAUGCUUGACGACUUCGAUGCGUUUGAUGCGUCGCAGAUUGCUGCUUCCGGUGAUGCGGAAUUCUUUGGCGUGUGGGCCAAUUAG